UGCUGAAUACAUCGAGGCCAGGACACGCGACCCGUGAAAGUGUCGAAUCAACCAAAAAAUAAAAGAAAAUCCCAAGUGCCAAGUGCCGUGCGAAGAGGUCACAAACAUCUAACUAACUGCCUCCAGAAACUGUGCGAUUUAAACUAAGACCAAAUUAUACAAGUGCAUCAGUGCCCGGGGAAAAACCUUUAAGCAAACAGCAGGCGAAGUGAAUUAACCAUAAACAAAACAGCCAAAAGAAAAACCCCAGCGAGACAAAAGCAAAAACGAAAACGAAAUUUAAACGUCCCUGCAUAUUAAUCAGAACGAGAAACGUGAACAGGAUCAAGUCCUAGACAACUUAUCACAGAGGAUUUACGCAGACAGACGAAGGACACGACUGCGAUUCCUGUGUAGAGCAAAAGGCGUCGCUAAUCAACGGCCAAAAGCAGACGACAUCAUACUACCCGACUCCCCACGCCCACGCCCACCACUCCCACUUGGAAAAGAGAAAAAAAAUAGGAUCCAGAAGCUGGAGAGCAGGAGCCGCCUCAUUUGGCCACUGCGGAUUAUGUUAAUUAGAUUUUAAGCACGCGACGACAACAACGCCGGGGGAGCACUUGGCAUUGUAAUGUGACAACGACAACAGUUGGCUAAAAGCAACAAGACCAAAACGAAGCGGGAAUGCUCGCUUUUUAAUUGACAUUUGCUCGAGUUGAGUUGCGUUUUGUUCAACGGCAAUUAGCAUCACCGGAAAAUAAGGGGAAAAAACAACAAUAAAAAAAAGCAGAAAACACAAAGGAGCGCAAUUAAAAUUGUAAAACAAUUGCCAAAGCGUUGAAUUGAAAGGGGGAGAAACAGAAACAAUAACAGACGACCCGGAAUAGAAUGAUCAAGUUGAUUUAAUUAAAAAUUCAGCAUCUGUGUGCAAUGGAAUUCGAGCACGCAGCCUGAGCAAUGGCCGCCGGACCGGAAGCGGAAACGCAGCCAUUGCCAUUGCCCUCGGGCAGCUACCGCCGCCGCCUCUGACUGCCGCCGACACUUGUCACAUGUUUGGCCAAAAAGGCGCGCACGUGACGCCCCUUUUUGGUGAGACCGAUGAGCGAACGAACGAACGAACGGAUGAACGAGGAAAUGAAUAAGCCAGCAGCCAUAUUCAAAAUUGAACGUUAAACGUUCGCACGUACCGAGCAUAAAUUCCAAGUGAAAUAAAAGCCAGCCAAAAAGGGAGAAAAACGUACACCUCCCCCCAUUUAAACCAAAAAAAAGUAAGAGGAAAGAGAAAAUGGUGAAAAUCGUGAACGAACACUGUGAUCUAGGCCUGGCCCUUCUGCUGGUCUGGACAUGGCUAACAAGGCUGGUGGUUUCGGGCCAACUGCUUGAAAUACCGACCUCAUCCCCAUCCUCAUCCCGUUUGGCCGCCGAAAGGGAGGAGCGGCAGAUAUCCCUGCAGGAUGUGGGCCUCAGCUACCAGAGCAUCCACCGAAUGCUGAGGGACGAGAACGAACCGGCGAGCUCGGGGGAGCUGCGCUACCAACAGAAGCGCCACAAAAGGGAGCUGGAGCUAAAUGCCCCCGCGAACAAGCUAAAUCUCACCCACCGCGACUUGAGGACCUUCAACAGCAGCGAUGGAAAGUGGAAGGGCGACUUCCAGGCGAUCACCGCCAUGGAUCUGAGCAGCAAUCAACUGAAGGGUCUUAGCCUGGACAAGUUUAAUCAGCUGAAGCAGCUGGACGUUAGCAAUAAUUCCCUGGAGAUAACUCCAUUCAGUUUGGCUGACAGCAACAACUCACUUUUCCUGGCGACACUGGAUCUUUCCUGCAAUAAAUUCAGACAAAUUUCCUCGAGCUUCUUUGUUCAGCGUCAGCCUCAGCUUAAGAAUCUUAACUUGGCUCACAAUCAUUUGCUUAACAUUUCCCGGGAAUCCUUCUACAACUUGCUAGAGCUACAAACGCUCAUUCUCAGUCACAACAACAUUUCGGAUAUUGACUACGAGACAUUUCUGGCUCUUCCGAAUCUGCAACACCUGGACUUAUCCUAUAACCGAUUGAGUGGAUCUGCAAUACGAGCUUUGCAGGGCAUUCCGGAUCUAGUGAGUCUUUCGAUUGCCUACAAUCCGGAAGUGGGAGCAGCAAUGCAGGAGUUCGUGGCAUCGUGGAGUCUCAAGGAGUUGGAUGCUAGUGGCACUGGAUUGUGUCAGGUGCCAGCAGCUUUGGCCCAAUCUGUGAGGACUCUCAAGCUAUCCGACAACUGGCUCAAGAGCAUCAACUGCGGCGAUAUGGACAGCUAUCCAUUGCUGCAAUAUCUGGAUCUCUCGCAUUCCCGAAUUGCCCAAGUGGAGGAUGAUGCUCUGGGACGAUUGGAACUCCUCGAAUCUCUUUUCCUGGAUCACAAUCUCCUGAUGCGAGUGCCCAGUAGUCUACCACCAUCCCUGGAACACCUCUUUCUGCAGCACAACCAAAUAAUGGACAUUCCACCCCAGGCUUUUGUUGGCCUAGUUAAUUUGCAAACCCUGGACUUGUCCAGCAAUCGAUUGAUCUUCCUGCCUGGUCUUUCGCUGCCCAAACUGCUCACCCUGAAUCUGCAAUCAUCGGGAGUGGAGAGUGUUAGCCAAUCGAUAGUGCACACACUUCCGCAGUUGAGGGACCUUUUGCUGGAGGACAAUCCCAUUAAGUGCAGCGACUUGCUGGGCAUUGCCGAGUGGGCCAGUCCUUGCAGGUCAGUGGAUGUGGGUCAACCGAAUGGAAGGAGCCAAAGUGAGCGGGUGGACCUCAAAACGGAGUAUCUGCAGUUCCACAACUUUUAUGAGAACUUCAGUCGCCACGAGUGCGGUGGUAGGAAACCGGAAAAUGACACAAAGCCGCCAACUUGCAGCCUGACAAGUGCAACACCAGCAACGCCAACAACUCCAGCAACAACAACAUUGACAACGUCGCCGAGAACUAUGUCAAAAGUUAAAAAGUCAAAAGGAGCCGACACGGCAGCAACAUCACUAAAAGCAGCAGCAGCAUCUACAGCAAAAACACCAGUGGCACAGCCAACAGACACACGUGCAACACCAGCAACUCAAGAGGAGACGACAACAACAGCAGCAGCAGCAGCAACAUCCGCUGAAAAAGCAGCAGUCCCAACAGCAACACCAAGCGAGCCAACAGCAGGAGCAGCAGCAAUGCAAUCAGCUGGCAACAGCGCUGCCCAGUUAACCACAAAAACUUUGCGGCCGAAAGGAACAACUUCGUUAGAGCAAAUACAACUGCAGCAGGGGCAACAAAUGCCUGGCAUGCCGGCCAAAACAACAGCAAUGCCGGCGCAGAAGAACCUGCCAAGUUUCGACCAGACAAAGCCAACAACAGCGGCUUCCAUUUUGGCAACGCGAACAGCAGCAGCAGCAACAACAACAACAACAGCAACAGCAAAAGCAGCAGCAGCAACAACAACAGCAAUAAAUUCCUACAAGCCAACGGACAUUAGCGGAGCCACAAAAACAACAGCCGAAACAUCGGCGACAGUGGCACUUGCACCACCAGCAAUCGGAGUGCCACAAACAAUUUUGGCCGGCAAAAAAUCUGACAAAAUGCCAGCCGAUAAAACCCCGGAGACUUUAUUAAAAUACCCAACAAGCGACACAUCCGGUCAAGUGGCAACCGCGCAGCCACACAAGCAUGCAACAUUGCAGCUGCACGUUAAGGAUCGACAUCUAAUUGGCACACCGUUGCUGAUGCACAAGGGCGAUGUCCUUUUGGUCGAUGCCGAGCAGUUGCUGUUGCCCGGCACGGCCACCGUGGCGGAUGCGAAUGUGAAUGCGAAUGCGGAUGCGGAUGCGGAAGUCUUGGACUCCAGCCAACAACAUCAGUCGGCGGAGCUGGAAAAGCUGGAAAAGCAGCAGUCAGCAGCUGAUAAGCGACAAGCGGAAACAAUAAACGGCGGCACAAAGUCUCCGCCGAAAAGCCACAAAAAGAAGCCAUCGCUGAGCAUCAAGAAGAUGACCUACAGCACCAAACAUGCAGUGAAACCCGUGGAGGAUGGGGCAACAACCUCGAAGACUCCGCAACAUCAGCACAGCAGUGUCAACACCCCGAAGGAAGCUGCUCCCGAGGAACUGAGUACUUUUGCCCAGCUGAAGGCCUAUGUGGAACUGAAGAGCGAAUCGAAACCGGAGCAUCUGAUGGAUCAGCGGGAGGAGAACCUCCACAACCUGACGGGAAAUCAUCCAGGGGUUAUGUUGCUGGUGGCCUGUGUGUUGUUCAUCGUGUUGCUGGCGGGUUUGGCACACGUUUAUCGAUGUGAAUUGCCUUGGCAGAGGAGCAAUCGCUCGGGACAACUGCGACCGCAUCACCAGAGGCACCUAAAUGACACGGAUGAUGGGAGUAGCUUCCUGCACUAUCAGGGAUCUAUAAACUCCGCGGGGGAUCCUGCUCGCCUCCAAAAGUGGCAUCACAGCACUCGACGGGAGGCUCCCUACAGCUCUCCUCUGCACAAUCUACAAGCUCGCGAGCUGCAGCAGCAACGCUGCCAGCAAUUCUACAGCUCCUCACUGGCGGACAAGAGCUCCUCCACCACAUCCUCCACCUCCUCGGGCAGCAGCCGCAGUAGUCUGCACUCUCCCAGCAGAGACGACAGCUACUACAUAGAGAUGGCGCCCAGUAGUCCGCCCGCCACGCUGCCCAAUUUACCCAUGGAGUUGCUGGGCAGCAGGAGCAAUGCCCUCGCCGGAAGUCGAGCGGAUCGAGUGGCGGCCACCGAUCUGGGCGGUACGACCACAGCGGUACCUUCUCCCUCGGCGACGGCCAUCAAGUCGGUGAGCAGCAGGCUGAUGGCGCCCAGUUCCAGGCGCUUGGGCAUCUGGUGACAAACCGUCUUCGGCCAGCGACAGUACGCGCCCUUUCAGUAGAGUAAAGAGUAAGGUUUAAAGGGGUCCACCGACAAUCGCCAGCUGCCAAGUAAAUCAAAAGUCACAAAAAUGGGGCUAGGAAAAAAAUUAGUGAAAUUCAUCAGUGAAAAAUUUGCGAAGUAUUCAUAUUUUUACAUUUUAAACUUAACUUUUCCCAAGAUCUGCAACUAAGCAAUAUUUCCAAAUUUAAUAUUGCAGUUGGGCUAAGAGUAUUUAUGGUUCAGUUUAAUAUUUAAACAAGAACAAAUAUUCAAAAGCUUUUUUUCAAUUUUCUGUAUCUAAGGUGUUCGUGUGAUUUGGUGUGGUCGCUUUCCUUAAGAUCGACAAUCAAUAUAACCCAAAGGUUACAAACAAACCGAAGUCUCAACUUCUUGAAACUCCCAAAAAGGUUGAAACUGGAAGCUCAAUUGCAAAGGGAAACAUAAAUGCGAGCAGCAUUAUAUAUG